AUGAGUGGAUCCACAACAAGGGAAGCUCUCAUCAACUUCGUAAAUGGUGUCAUCUCAUGUUUUGGUGACGAGUACCUUAGAAAGCCUACCAAAGAUGAUUUGGCAAGACUACUACAUGUUGGGGAUCAACGUGGCUUUCCGGGUAUGAUAGGUAGUAUUGACUGCAUGCAUUGUCAAUGGAAAAAUUGUCCCAGCGCAUGGGCAGAACAAUAUGCUGGAAGAAGUGGAAAACCAACAAUUAUUUUGGAAGCCGUCGCAUCAUUUGAUUUAUGGAUAUGGCAUGCUUUCUUUGGAACACCAGGUUCGUUAAAUGAUAUUAAUGUACUUCACCGAUCUCCUAUUUUUGAUGAUAUAUUAGCAGGUCGAGCACCAAAAGUUACAUAUGUCGUGAAUGGUCGUGAAAAUGAUAGGGCAUAUUAUCUCACUGAUGGGAUAUAUCCUUCAUGGGCUGCAUUUGUCAAGUCAAUUACGUCUCCCCAAAUCCAAAAGCAUAAGUUAUUUGCCGAACAUCAAGAGGGUGUCAAAAAAGAUGUUGAGGAGCAUUUGGAGUUCUACAAGCUCGUUUUGCAUUUCUUCGACAUCCAUGUCUUGUUUGGGACAAAGAUAAUAUGGGACAAAUUAUGA